GCCCCUCGGAACCGGUUUCGCGUCGCGGAGCCGGCUGGUCCCGGCGCUCGCUUCUUGCGCCUCCCUGGAGGUAGCCGGGUCAGGUGUGCCUCGGCUCCGGUCAAUGCCAUGAUCCGGCAGGAGCUUUCCACAUCCUACCAGGAGCUGAGUGAGGAGUUGGACCAAGUUGUUGAGAACUCAGAGCAAGCCGACGAGCGAGACAAGGAGUCGAUCAAAAUCCAAAGUCCGGGCAUCUUACCAGGUCUGGACAGCGAGUCGGCUUCCAGCAGUAUCCGCUUCAGCAAGGCCUGCCUGAAGAACGUGUUCUCAGUCCUGCUCAUCUUCAUCUACCUGCUGCUCAUGGCUGUGGCCGUCUUCCUGGUCUACCAGACCAUCACAGACUUCCGUGAGAAACUCAAGCACCCCGUCAUGUCUGUGUCUUACAAGGAAGUGGAUCGCUAUGAUGCCCCAGGCAUUGCCCUGUACCCUGGUCAGGCCCAGCUGCUCAGCUGUAAGCACCAUUACGAGAUCAUUCCGCCUCUGCGAAGCCCCGGCCAGCCAGGUGACAUGAACUGCACCACACGGACCAUCAACUACACGGACCCUUUCUCCAAUCAGUCCUUGAAGUCGGCCCUCAUUGUCCGGGGGCCCCAGGAAGUGAAGAAGCGGGAGCUGGUGUUCCUGCAGUUCCGCCUGAACCAGAGCAGCGAGGACUUCAGCGCCAUUGACUACCUCCUCUUCUCGUCCUUCCAGGACUUCCUGCAAAGCCCAGACAAGGUGGGCUUCAUGCAGGCCUGUGAGAGUGCCUAUUCCAGCUGGAAGUUCUCUGGGGGCUUCCGCACCUGGGUCAAGAUGUCGCUGGUGAAGACCAAGGAGGAGGAUGGGCGAGAAGCUGUGGAGUUCCGGCAGGAGACGAGUGUGGUGAACUACAUUGACCAGCGGCCAGCCGCCGAGAGAAGUGCCCAGCUGUUUUUUGUGGUCUUUGAAUGGAAAGAUCCUUUCAUCCAGAAAGUCCAGGACAUCAUCACCGCCAAUCCUUGGAACACGAUCGCGCUUCUCUGUGGGGCCUUUUUGGCACUAUUUAAAGCGGCGGAGUUUGCCAAACUGAGUGUGAAAUGGAUGAUCAAAAUCAGGAAGAGGUACCUCAAAAGAAGAGGUCAGGCAACGAAUCACAUCAGCUGAAGCCGCGUGUGAAGCCAGUCGCACUGCCUGUGUCCGUGGAAGCCCUCCUCACUUCCACCUUGGUAAACUGAGCUCCUGGCAAGCCUGCCCUCACCUGGAGAACUGGGGCCUUGCUGGGGGCACCUGUCCUAUUGGACCUGCUCACCUGGCCGGCCUGAGGGCUGUCGGAGCCAGAUGGAAAAGAUCCAGGGGACAGCCUAAAAGCUAUUUAAGAAUUUAAAUUAUUAAAGAGCAUUCCCCCACCGUUGCCCAGGGCCUCGGCCCAGGGCUUGUGAAAAGGGGCUUUUCAUCCUGCUGGGCUAACAGCAGCCCUAACCCGAUGAUCACAGCUCUGCUCUCUGCCCUAAGUGUUGCCCUGGACCAAGUGUGUGAUUCUUUUUUUUUUUUUUUUUUCUUUUUUAAACACAAAUCUUGUUAAGAUGUACAAGAUGUGCCCUGGAGCCUUUGUGCUGUACACCAAGAAAGGCAAAGCCCUUGGGACCUGCGAGCCUCUGGCAGGCUGUCCCACUGCAUCCUUGUAAAAUGAGAUUUAAAGCUACUGGAAAGUAGUAAUUAAAUAUCUUGCCAGUU